AUGGAGAGCCAACCCCAGUUCUGGCGGGUCGCUGGUCUCUGCGCUGCCUUGAAAAUACUACAGACAAUGAACACUGCCAUAACGAUUGUUCCUCGCCUGCGCCUGUACGAAUCAACAAUCUGUCGAUCCUAUUACCAGAGCUACAAUCCCAGUUUAAUCGACGUGGGCAAUAAUGUACCAGAAGAACUGUGCAAGAUCCCGCAAAUUCAAGCCAGCCUUGCUCAGUUGACAGGAUGGAACUCUUUCUUCUUUUACAUCCCUACAUUGGUUCUUGCGAUUCCGUACAGCGCGCUGAGCGAACGAGUCAGUCGGAGGAUCAUUUUGCUCGUCAAUGUUUUGAGUGGGAUAGUUUCACAACUUUACGUUUUGACGAUAUGCUACUUUUACAACACUUUUGAUAUACGCCUGAUAUGGUUGGCGAGUUUGUUUGACUGUGUCGGAGGAGGAAGAUUGGUUUUCAAUACAAUUACUCAGGUCUUGAUCGCUGAGGCUACGGCUCCUUCCGCACUGAGCACUAUUUAUUUUCGUCUCACGUCCAUAAUGUCGAUAUCGCGAGUGUUGGGUGUUACGAGUGGCUCCUAUCUCCUUGGAGAAAGUGUUUGGAUUCCAAUCUGGCUAGGGUUGACUUUUACUAGUCUUUGCAUACCGGUUCUUCUCUGGCUGAAAGAUCACCGUGACAACUUGUUGGACCAGAAAAUUUCGUCUGAUCAAGGAGAUCAUUUGCUUCGAACAACCGAAUCUUAUGACCCGGCCGAGUCUCAGAAACGAGAAGAAAGCGACAGCCAAAACCAGGAUAUUCCCCCAGCUGAAACUGACCACUUCGCUGGGCAGCCUAUGUCUCUUCUGCGAUCAUUCUCAACUUACUCGACGUUCAUGCUCAAGCACUCCCACAUUCUCGCGAUAUUUCUCGUCCAUGAAAGUGGCAUGGGGGUACGCAACAUUACUGAGCAGUGGAUGAGUCAGCGUUAUGCGUGGCCCUUGCGCACUACUGGGUAUAUCCUCGCGUCCGAAACUUUCGUCGGCAGCAUCUUCCUCGCCGUGCUUCCCUUUAUUGCGCGGAACUUACCCCGGGGCAGCAGCACCCGAGGAGGGCCGUCAGAACAGCGACAGCAACAAAUCUACAUCAUCCGCGGGAGCCUAUUCGCAGCUGCAGGCGGGGUGGCAAUCAUUGCCGCUUCAGGUAGCAGCCGCCUCGCCUUCCUUGUUGCGUUGGGAAUGUUUGCGUUGGCCGUGGGGUUCCACGACGCGCUGAAGUCAUAUGUGACGGGGCUGGUCGAUGUCAGCUCAAUAACGCGACUGUACAUGUGCAUCUCGAUCGUCGAGACAUGCGCUAACAUCAUCAAUGGGCCGACGUGGGCCUGGGUUUACACGGUCGGCAUGAGUUACGGCGUGAGGGGUAUGCCGCUGCCCUUUCUGCUGUGUUGUUUGCUAUUUCUGGGGGCGCUGGGUCUAGUCACACGAUUAGCGUAA